AUGCAGAUCUUCGUCAAGACCCUCACUGGCAAGACCAUCACUCUUGAGGUCGAGUCUUCUGACACCAUCGACAAUGUCAAGUCGAAGAUUCAGGACAAGGAGGGAAUCCCUCCUGACCAGCAGCGAUUGAUCUUCGCUGGAAAGCAGCUCGAGGACGGUCGCACUCUUUCUGAUUACAACAUCCAGAAGGAGAGCACUCUCCACCUUGUCCUCCGUCUGCGUGGUGGCAUGCAAAUCUUCGUCAAGACCUUAACCGGAAAGACGAUUACCCUCGAGGUCGAGUCCUCCGACACCAUCGACAAUGUGAAGUCCAAGAUUCAGGACAAGGAGGGUAUUCCCCCGGACCAGCAGCGCUUGAUCUUUGCGGGUAAGCAGCUUGAGGACGGUCGAACUCUCUCCGACUACAACAUCCAGAAGGAAUCCACUCUCCACCUGGUCCUUCGUCUCCGUGGUGGAAUGCAAAUCUUCGUCAAGACUCUUACCGGCAAGACAAUCACCCUCGAGGUUGAAUCUUCGGACACCAUUGACAACGUCAAAUCGAAGAUCCAGGACAAGGAGGGAAUCCCACCUGACCAGCAGCGACUUAUCUUCGCCGGCAAGCAAUUGGAGGACGGCCGAACCCUAAGCGACUACAACAUCCAGAAGGAGUCAACCCUUCACCUUGUUCUCAGACUUCGUGGUGGUAUGCAGAUCUUCGUCAAGACAUUGACUGGCAAGACCAUCACACUAGAAGUUGAAUCUUCGGACACUAUCGACAAUGUUAAAUCGAAGAUUCAAGACAAGGAAGGUAUCCCCCCUGAUCAGCAACGUCUUAUCUUUGCUGGUAAGCAACUGGAGGAUGGUCGCACUUUGAGCGACUACAACAUCCAGAAGGAGUCUACGCUCCACUUGGUCCUCCGUCUCCGUGGUGGACAGUAG